GUUGAGUCAUACCGUCUGUGGACCGCGCGCUGGCCGCACGAGUAGGUACGUCUUUGCUUGUGUUAUCGCGAACGAUAAAGAGUGGAAGUGAUUUACACCAGCACGGACAGUAAAUUACGAAACGUAUUUUACAUGUUGAUUUAAGGUUUUAGCAUACAAAUUAAAAAUGGCGAAUGAUUCAAAAGGAGUGAAUGCAGAUCUCAUAAAAGAGAGGAAGAAGUGCAACUUCGAUGUGCAAGAGCUUAUACACUUCAUCGAUGGCGGGGAGCAAGGCACGAAGGACAGGAGAGAAGUAGAGGAAUUGGCCCUUCAAGUGAAGGAGGUAAAUGAUGAGAUUCCCGAAGAAUACCUUAGCCACAUGGGGAAAUACCAGAAUGCUGUGAGGAAAGCCACCGCUCUCAUUGACGUGUUGAAGGACCAUGCGCUGAAACAUUCCUCGUUUGACGCUUAUAGACCAACUAACAUGUACCGGGUGCAGUCGCUGGUGCAGCAGCAGAUGCCUCUCUUACUUCAUAUGGGAAUGUUCGUGCCCACCAUCAUCGGGCAGGCCUCGCCCGACCAGCAGGCCGAGUGGCUGCCCAAAGCACUCUCCAUGCAGAUUAUUGGCACUUAUGCACAGACAGAACUGGGCCACGGGACGUUCCUCCGAGGGCUAGAGACGACGGCCACGUAUGACCCAAACACCGAGGAGUUCGUGCUGCACACGCCCUCACUCACUGCCUACAAAUGGUGGCCUGGAGGAUUGGGCCAAACUGCCAACCACUGCAUCGUAGUGGCUCAGCUGUACACAAAAGGACAAUGCCAUGGAGUCCACCCCUUUAUAGUUCAAAUAAGGGACAGUGAGACCCACAUGCCGUUGCCGGGGAUAAAAGUCGGGGAAAUUGGCCCCAAGUUGGGGUAUCAGACAGCAAACAAUGGCUUUCUAGCGUUCGACAACUUCAGGAUACCCCGGGACAACAUGCUGAUGAAGAACGCUCAAGUACAGAAGGAUGGCACGUACAUCAAGGCCAAGAGCGAGAAGCUGACGUACGGCACGAUGAUGCUGAUCCGCGUGAUGAUCGUCACGGACAUGGCGUACGAGCUGUCCCGCGCCGCCACCAUCGCCAUCCGCUACUCCGCCGUGCGCCACCAGUCGCAGCCCAAGCCUGAUCAGCCCGAGCCCCAAAUCCUGGACUACGUGACGCAGCAGCACAAGCUGUUCAUCGCCAUCGCGACCAGCCACGCCUACAGGCUCACCGGCAACUGGCUCUGGUCCACCUACUCGCAGGUCACCCACGACCUAGACAAGGGGAAGUUGGACCACUUGCCUGAGCUCCACGCGUUAUCCUGCUGCCUCAAAGCAGUCUGCAGCUACGACUCAACGCUGAUAGUUGAGCGCUGCCGACUGGCGUGCGGCGGCCACGGGUACAUGACGUCGUCCAACUUCCCCGUCAUCUACGGCGUCACGGCCGCUGCCAUCACGCUAGAAGGGGAAUACAGCGUGCUACUUUUGCAGACAGCCAGGUACCUCGUAAAGGCUUGGGAGCAAGCGAGAGAGGGCAAAGUGAUGACGCCUACAGUAUCGUACAUGGUGCACUUCAUCAAGAACCGGCUCAAGUGGGCCAACAGACCUGAAGGCAUCAUCGCCAGCUUCCAGGCUGUAGCUGCAGGGAAAACAAAGGCGGCGUACGACGCACUUCAGAAGUACAAGAAAGCCGGCAAUGACUAUGAAGAUUCGUGGAACUUGGCAUCAGUCCAGCUCGCCAAUGCUAGUGAGGCCCACUGCCGCGCCAUAAUCUGCGAGGUGUUAUGGAAAGAGAUGCAGAGGCUGACCCCGACGCUGUCUCCAGCUCUGGCUAAAGUCCUGCUGCAGCUGGCAGAGUUAUACCUGGUCUACUGGGCGCUAGAGAAGAGUGGGGAUUUGCUGGAGUAUUCGAGUAUAUCGAGCAAAGACCUGACACUGCUGCGGCAGCGGUACGAGGAGUUGCUGGCCGCCAUCAGGCCGAACGCCGUCGGCCUGGUCGACGGGUUCGACAUUAGGGAUCAGAUUCUGAACUCGACCCUGGGAGCAUACGACGGUCGCGUGUACGAGCGGCUGAUGGACGAAGCCCUGAAGAGCCCCCUUAACCAGAAACCAGUCGACGAGUCCUUCCACAAGUACCUCAAGCCCUUCAUGCAGAAGUCCAAACUGUGAUACUACUGUUAAUCUAUUAAAGCAUUUCACAUGACAUGCAUAAGACAAGUAACCAACGUGAGUUAGUUUAUGGGUAGUUCAAUAGGUACUUAAUAGCGAGCUGUAACUGUAACCGCAUGUUACUGUAACCAAAAAAUAAAUAAUAUACGGUUUGCAGCGCUUUGACGAUGAUUCAGUCAGUCAAUAAUAUUAAUUAAUCAUUUGCAACCCUAGAAUCGGAUUACUAAUGUUUGGCCAAAAAACGUUUCCCAAAUUAUCACAUCGCAAACAACGUUUCGCAAACUUUCAUUUGGCAAUUUUUCAUUUGGCAGAACAACUUAUUGCAAAUUUUUAAUUCGCAAAUGUCGUUUUUGGCAUAUUAUUGUUUACCAAAUUAUUGUUUGGCAAAGUAUGUUUUGCCAAAUGAUUCAUUUGGCAAAAAUAUUUCACGAUAAACAAUUUACAAAAUAAUUUGAUUGGUGCAUAGAAUGGUAUACAAAUAAGCUUGUGGUUAUUAUUUUUUUUAGUGGGUAGUUAAUAUAAUUUUUUUUCUAAAUUAAUUUUCAUAUUUCAUUCUUUUUAUCGAAAUUUCCAAAUGAUUCAUUAACAAUAAAGGUGAUUCUAGCGCUCGGCGGCCGCUGCCGCGGCACGCUCACUUCGCUCGCUUCGCUCGCUCCGAUCGCUCGCCUUCGCGCGUUAAUGGUCACUGUUCUAACCUAACCUAACCUACUAUUUUCUCCAAUACCUACUUUCUGCAACCAUACUGUUUUCUACAAUAUCUUUGUUUUACAUAAAAUUCUUGUGAAAACCAUGAUCAUGUGCCUAUGCUUUGAUUUGUGGGUAACGGUGGGUAAGUAUGUGAAGUGUCAAUUUGACCAAACAAAUUAUUUGGAAUAUAAUAUUUGGCAAAAUAAAACAUUUGCUAUAUAAAAAUUUGCCAAGUAAAAUUUUGCCAAAUGAUAAUUUGACCAAAUGAAUUACUUUCGAAAAGUACAGUUGCUAAAAGUUCAUUUGGGAAAUGAAACUUUGGCGAUAAGUUGUUUGCGAAGUGAAAUUUGGCGAAAAGUAAUUUGGCCAAACGGAAGGAUACCCCUAGAAUCCUAUCAAUGUAUCUGGUGGUUAGGUUACAUUUAUAGCUUGUUGGUAAGGCAACGGCCUAAAAAGAUGAAGUUUAUAGAAUCGAAAAGUGUUUAUUUUUGUAAAAUAUUGAUGGGUAUUUUUAAUCUUAGGCAAUUUUAUUUAAACAUUUGGGGAGGUUUUAUGUGUUUAGUAGCCAAAGAAAAGAUUGUGUAAGAGAAAUGUUGUACAUAAUAUGUAAUUUAUUAAUAAAAUAGUAUUUUUGUAUUUUA